AAAACGUUAACCUGGGCUAGCUAGCUGGUUUAGCUGUCAUGUUUCUAGCUAGCUAACACUUUAGCAGAGUCAUUUUAAGUAUUGUAGCUCGCUUAUAGCUAUCGAAGUUGUAAAGUUUUGUUCAUAAUAGUGCUUAUGUUGUGUGGUGGGUGUUGUUUUGGUCUCGUUAGUUUUUUUCCUCUGAAUCAUUCUUGAAUUCAGUUGUGCGUUGGUAGCGUUUGACUGUUUGUAGGCAAUCCUAACUGACGAAUUCAUCACAAGACACUAACGUUACGUUUUAAGUUAAGGUUUGCUUUCCCCAAAAGACAGGAUAUUAAAUUGAUCCGCCCUAACGCUAACAUCAGCCUGCCCUCCAUCCAGGUGCACCAGCAGAGAGCUUUGCUUGAGAUUCAAAUCUUCUCUCAUUGAGGAUACUAAUACGUUACUCUCAAGUGUAGUGACUACCAUAUACAAACCUCUGUUUUAUGUUGGAGAGCUGACCGAGCUCAUGUCAAGGUAUGGGUGGCGAUCAUGGGCCUGGUAAAACGGUAUUGCCAGACUACAGGCAGUGGAAGGUAGAGGGCACCCCACUUGAAUUCACGCAGGAGAGACUGGCGCGUAGGGGACUGAAGGACCCCUGGUUAAGGAAUGAAGCCUGGCGAUACAUGGGUGGCUUUAGCAAACCUGUUACCUUCAGCAGUAUCUUCCUGAAGGGGUUCAAAUACGGAUUUGCUGCAUUUGUCGUGGCCCUCGGGGUGGAGUAUGCCCUGACCUCUGGAAAGAAGUCAGAGCACUGAAGCACUGGUUUGACUGGUUUAACAGUCAGAGGGACUGGAAAGAAAAGGGGCAUCCUACCAUCUUCUUCCUGGGCUGUAAUGUUUUAAGUCUGUUCCAUCCUACUAUGUGAAGAAGGUGGAAUUCAUCACAUUAUAUCCAAGUCAGGAUCUAAAUGCCUGAUCAGUAGAAACGUUUGUCAUCAUUUAGUAAUAAAAUUACUUACUCGUCA